CGGUUGUGGCACGAUCAGAGUGCGAGGACUGUACAGUCUCAUAUUUUUUCAUAAAAUAGAAAUAGAAAGAAAAUCUCUGUCUUGGGAUACUAGGAUGAGGAAGAGUGAGGUGAUUGCUGCAGAAUCAGUGGCAUGUCUGAAUAAAGCCCUUUGCCAUCUGAAGGACAUCUGGGAGGAGAUUGGCAUCCCAGAGGAUCAACGAUUAGAGAGAACAAAUGUGGUUAAGAAUCACGUCAAAAGUCUUCUGGACAUGAUGAUCGCAGAAGAAGAGAGCCUGCGGAAACGUCUGUUGACAAGUAUCGAGACAUGUCACAAAGAGAUGAGUAAAUUAUGCUUGGAGCUUCAGCUUCCCCUGUUUCAGGAGGACAGAAGUGACACUAUACUUAAGCAGGAGAAAGACCUCCGGUCUCAUGUUGAAGUGAUGAUAAGAGAGAAAAAUCAGAGAAUGCAGGCACUCAAAGCUUUAACAGAGCAGGAUCAGGAUCUCUGUGAUAUUCUCUGCUCACAACCAUUUUCCAUCUCUGCCAGUUCUGUUCUGUCUUUAGAAGACCUGGGAAACUUUCGUCAACACAUCACCUGUCUCACUGCUGAGAAAGAAUGGAGACAUGAGGAAUUUGUCAAACUUAAGAAGCAGAUAAUACUUUGCAUGGACGAUCUGGACCAAGUGCCUGAGACUAGUUUUGAAAAGGAUGUUGUAUGUGAAGAUGAAGAGAGUUUUUGUUUGUCUAAAGAAAACAUCGAUUCACUCAAAGUCCUCCUUCACCAGUUGGAGAGCAGGAAGGCUGAGAACGAGCGUGUCUGUGGCUCUUAUCGAGAGACGAUCCAGAAUCUCUGGGAAAGGUUGCAGAUUCCGCAGGAAGAACGUGAUGCCAUUUCUGAACACAUGACCCUUUCAAAGAGAAGAAAUAUAGAAGCUCUACAAGCUGAGGUCAGCCGUCUUGAGGGACUGAAGCUUAAAAAUAUCCAGCAAGUAACAGGGACCAUUCGAAAAGACAUUGCAGUGUUCUGGGAUAAGUGCUUUUAUAGCUCUGACCAACGGCAGGCUUUUGUGCCCUAUUACGAUGAUGAUUUCAGUGAGGAACUUCUGAGCUUACACGAUGCAGAAAUUGUCUGCCUUAAACAGUAUUUCGAUGAUCACAAAGAACUUUUCGAAGGUGUGCACCAAUGGGAAGAAAGCUGGAAGCUUUUCUUAGAUCUUGAAGAAAAAGCCAAAGAUCCAUCCAGAUUCACCAACAGAGGGGGGCACCUUUUAAAGGAGGAGAAACAACGGGCUGAUCUGCUCAAAAGUCUCCCCAGACUUGAGAAGAAGCUGAUGGCAGAGAUUGAACAGUGGGAGCAGGAGCAGAACAGAGAGUUUCUGGUGAAUGGUCAAAAGUUCAUGCAGUUUGUUGCUGAUCAGUGGGAAUCAUACCGGCUGGAGAAAGAACGUGAAAAACAGGAGAGGCAACAAAAGAAAAGCAAACAGACUGAAGAGGAUAUGGUCUAUGGCACUGUCAUUCGGACACCAACUAAAAGAAGAUUUCUGGGCAGCACAACACCUGGCAAAGCUCGAAAGCUAAACGCUACCUCCAGUACUGGCACUUCUAACAGCACUAUACGUUCUGUCUUUGGUGGUACUGUCUGUCACUCUCCUAUGUCCCGCCCUCCAAAGCAGGGCAAUGUGGUGAAGACUCCAGGCCACGGUAAACCUCCUCAUCAAGGUACGCUAGAGCGUAAUAAGGAGAAUAUUUGUCAUCUUACUGGUGGUGUGGGGGGGGUGAUGAAGGUCUCAGCAAGCCCGCAGCGUAACUUCAGUAUUAACUCUGUCGCAAGUACCUAUUCAGAAUUUCAGCGAGACCUCUCCAAGUCAUCUAAGUCAAAACAUGUGCCUGAAAUUCUGAACUCAACCAUCAUUCAACUGUAACGCUUCUGCACACAACAUGACUGCUAUUAAGACAGGAAACUUCUAAAUGAUGACUUUUGGGUUUUUGUUCUUUGUAGCUUUUUUAUGUAAAUGAAUGUAAUAUAUAUUUUAAAUGUUUCUGAGGGAUUCUACUUGUAUGUUCACUUUAACACUAGCACUGUACAAUGUGUCUCUGUAGAUGAACAAAUGUUUGUACAUUUAAAUGUUACAACUGGUGAGCUGUCCAAAUUAAAUUCUAGUGUUGUUUUCCAGUAUUUGCAACUUGGUCAAAAUCAAAGUAGGCUAUUGUAUACUUUUGAAUGUUUUGCACACUGUAUUGUAAUUUUUUUUAAUCAUUUAUAGUAAUUAAUAAUUCACUACAUUAAAGUAAUUCG